CAUUUUGACCUUCUACCCGCCUCGAGAUUUGUGCUAUUUCUCAUACCAACCUUUCCCUACUCCACUCUGCCGAACGCCGGCCUUGACACCAUGAACCAUACUACCUCCUCUCCUACCUCCGUGCUUGCGACAACCGCCUCCUCCCAGACAAAACCUUCCGCAGCCACCACAGGAACCAAACGCAAGCGCAAUGCUGUAGGGAAAUACUAUGCGGUGAAAGCGGGCUAUCAGCCGGGAGUCUACUACAGCUGGACCGAUUGCUUGACCCAGGUGACCGGGUACAAGGGGGCCGUUUUUCAGGCUUUUUCUUCUUUUGACGACGCCAAAGCCUUUCUCACGGGGGCCACCGUUGGCGCCGGGCGCGGCGGGACUCCCUCAAGUUCAGAUCCUCCAAGAUAUUAUGGUGUGCAGCGUGGCAGAGUACCCGGGGUUUAUACAGACUGGUCAAAAGCGCAGGAACAAAUUAAAGGUUUCACCAAGCCGCGAUAUAAGAAAUUUGCGACCAGAGAGGAAGCCCAGGCAUUCGUAAACGAAGAACAAGCAAACGGCGCCACUUUCGCGAAGGCCCCUAAACUAACAAGCGUGCCGGGUCUGGUGGACGAUGCCCCGACGGACGAGCAAGGCGUGGCUUUUGAGCCCGGAACCGGACCUUUGCCGCCUGGGGCGACGGACGGAUUUGACCCUAAUGUGCUUCUAGACCCCACUACCGGUAAAGUGGUCUACAAGUCCCAGGAGCAGAAGGCUGCUAUCAAAUUGCAGUCCAGUGGGCCGCCGGGAAUGCUGCGCAUCUACACAGACGGCAGUUCCCUGAAGAAUGGGAGAGCGCUGGCUUCGGCGGGCGUGGGCGUUUAUUUCGGCCCUGGAGACUCAAGGUUAGUUGAUCCAUCAGCGAAUCGCCGUGCCUUGUACGAGCUCUCAACGGACGAUAUUGUUUCACUGACACUUCUUCACUUAGCAGGAAUGUUUCCGAACCUUUACAGGGAAGCCGUCAAACAAACCAGCGAGCGGAAUUGACCGCGAUUCUUCGAGCUCUUGAGAUCGCUCCCCGACAUCGGGAUGUGACCAUCUUCACAGACAGCCAGUAUGCUAUCAAGUGCGUGACAGUCUGGUAUCUCAAAUGGCGACAAAAUAAUUGGAUGACGGUCGGCAACAAACCCGUGGACAACAAAGACCUGGUUGAGUCUAUC